AUGACCGAAUUUUCCGGUCACCCAGACAAGUUAACGAUGGGCAGGGUAAAACUAAAGAUAAAGAGGUUGGAGAACAUGAAUGGCCGCCAAGCAACGUAUGCUAAAAGAAAAAAUGGAAUUAUGAAAAAAGCUGCUGAGUUAUCUAUAUUGUGUGAUAUAGAUAUUAUACUUCUAAUGUUUGCACCAAAUGGAAAACCUUCCGUAUGUAGAGGACGACGCAGUAAUUUAGAGGAAGUUAUUACGAAGUUUGCUCAACUUACUCCUCAGGAAAGGGCAAAAAGGAAGUUGGAGACUCUUGAAGUACUGAAGAAAACGUUUAAGAAGUUAGAUCAUGAUGUAAAUAUACAAGAAUUUCUGGGUACAAGUAGUCAAACUAUUGAGGUUUGUUUUUCUGAAUCACUAACUGACAUUGGACAGGAUUUAAGUAAUCAAGCCAGGCUAUUACAGACUCAAAUUUCUGAAACUCACAAGAGAUUAAGUCAGUGGACUGAAUUUGAUAAAAUAACCAAUGUGGAACAACUAGGACAGAUGGAAAAUUCAAUCAGGGAGUCCCUUAAUCAAAUUCGAAACCGAAAGGAAAAUAUAAAAAAGCAGCAACUUGUGUCUCUGCAAUGCAAUAAUCAGUUCAAUGAAAUGAAUAUUCCCUUCAGAAUGAGUGCAGAACAGCAUCUCCAACCUCUUUCAUGGAUUACAAAUGGUGACAGCCCAAAUAUUGUUUUACCUGAGGACUCAAGCAUGUUUCUCCACAAAGAUGUAGAGGGAUCUGCAAGUUCAUCUUUUGGAAGUUAUGCCAGUUAUCUUGGCUCAAGUAUGAAGAAUGAGAUCUCUAACUCGGCACAAGAAAAUGGGGUUCUUAGUGACAUGACAAGUACUGCCCCUAUGAGACUACAAUUGAAUGGGCAGUUUCCGUACCUGCCAUACAAUUUUAAUGUAAUGAAUAAUUUGAAGUAUCAACCAACUGCAGAGAUCAAUCCACAUGAAAAUCCUGUAGAUUUUAACGUGAAUGGAAGUUUAGAAGCACCUAGAUCUGGUUUUGAUUCUAAUCACCAUGGUUGGGCUUCCACAUCAGGGCCUUGUGGUGUUACUAUGUUCGAUGAGCAGUUAUAUGCCCAGGCAAGCUCCACUAAAGUGCACUUUAGCUUCACAUAG